GAUGCAGGCGCGGUGACGUCACCCGCAGCCGCUCAGCUGGCUGGCGCGUCCACAGCCGAGAGAAGCAGCGCCAUCCCCGCCUGGCCGCGCCCGAGAACUCCGCCUCACAUUCGGCCUUUUGUUCACGCUUUAACGCUCCCUUGGUGGAGGGUGGAGGGUGGAGGGUGGAUGGUGGCGGGGUCCGGGCCGCAAUGGCCGCGCUCCAUGGCGGCGGCUGCUGAGAGGUGAGAGGCAGGUGCGGAGGCAUGAAGGCCGAGGACUCGUCACAGCUGCGGAAGGAGGAGACGACAUUCUGACACCGUCAACACCAUCAUGGAGCUGCACAUAGACCAGGACCAGGACUAGGAGGUGGUCUACCAAGAGCAGGCCUAGGACUAAGAAUAAGACUAGGAGGUGGUGUAGCAGGAGCAGGCCUAGGACUAGGACUAAAAGGUGGUGUACCAGGAGCAGGCCUAGGACUAGUACUAGAGGUGGUGUACCAGGAGCAGGACUAGGAGGUGGUGUACCAGGAGCAGGCCUAGGACUAGUACUAGAAGGUGGUGUAGCAGGAGCAGGACUAGGAGGUGGUGUACCAGGAGCAGGCCUAGGACUAGUACUAGAAGGUGGUGUACCAGGAGCAGGACUAGGAGGUGGUGUACCAGGAGCAGGCCUAGGACUAGGACUAGAAGGUGGUGUAGCAGGAGCAGGACUAGGAGGUGGUGUACCAGGAGCAGGCCUAGGACUAGUACUAGAAGGUGGUGUACCAGGAGCAGGACUAGGAGGUGGUGUACCAGGAGCAGGCCUAGGACUAGUACUAGAAGGUGGUGUACCAGGAGCAGGACUAGGAGGUGGUCUACCAAGAGCAGGCCUAGGACUAAGAAUAGGACUAGGAGGUGGUGUAGCAGGAGCAGGCCUAGGACUAGGACUAAAAGGUGGUGUACCAGGAGCAGGCCUAGGACUAAGAAUAGGACUAGGAGGUGGUGUACCAGGAGCAGGCCUAGGACUAGGACUAGAAGGUGGUGUAGCAGGAGCAGGACUAGGAGGUGGUGUACCAAGAGUAGGCCUAGGAGCAGGACUAGGACUUGGAGGUGUUGUAGCAGGACUAGGAGGAGAGGGCAUUGCGGUGGUGCGGCCUAGAAGAGGACGAUGGAGCUGCAGAUGGAGGAGGUGGUGUACCAGGACGACUACGGCUCCGGCAGCGUGAUGUCGGAGCGCGUGUCGGGCCUGGCCAGCAGCAUCUACCGGGAGUUCGAGAGGCUGAUCCGCAGCUACGACGAGGAGGUGGUGAAGGAGCUGAUGCCGCUGGUGGUCAACGUGCUGGAGAACCUGGACGCCGUGCUGACGGAGAACCAGGAGCACGAGGUGGAGCUGGAGCUGCUGAAGGAGGACAACGAGCAGCUCAUCACGCAGUACGAGAGGGAGAAGGCGCUGCGCAAGCAGGCGGAGGAGAAAUUCAUAGAGUUUGAAGAUGUGCUGGAAGCAGAGAAGAAGGAGCUGCAGGUCCAGGUGGACUUCCUGGAACUGCAAGGCAAACAACUGGAGCUGAAGUCCAGGAACUACUCCGACCAAAUUACACGCCUGGAGGAGCGGGAGUCGGACAUGAAGAAGGAGUACAACGCUCUGCACCAGCGCCACACUGAGAUGAUCCAGACCUACGUGGAACACAUGGAGCGCUCCAAGAUGCAACAGUCAGCUAGCAACUCAGAUGGCACUGGACGCAGUCAACGCCACACCUGGAGGAAAAGCAAAGCAGAGCGCCCGCCAUCGCUGAGCCUCCACCCUGGUGGUGAGGGCAUGGAGGAUGGUUCCGAGUCGGACUCGGCGGGUGUGACCCCCAGCAGUGCAGGCAGCAACACACCCACAUCCUGUCAUUCGCUCACCCCUGUCAACCAAGUCUUCUUCCCGCCCUCGGACCUGGACCGGGACCUGGACCGGGACCUGACUCGUGCUGGGAAGACCAGCAGGAAGAACAACAAGCGGCUCAGCCGGAAUAUGGAAGUCCAAGUCUCCCAGGAGACUAGGAACGUCAGCAUUGGCAUGGGAAGCAGUGACGAGUGGUCCGAGUUCCAGGAGAUCAUCGAUUCAACUCCUGAGUCUGACAUGUGUGUGGACCCCCGGGUGUAUGGAGGAGGAAACAGUCCCUCCCAGGGCAUCGUCAACGAGGCCUUUGGCAUCAACACUGACUCGCUGUACCACGAGAUCAAAGACGCCAAGUCAGACAUCAUCGGAGACGUGGACGCGGGGGCGGAGCUUCUUGGAGAGUUCUCAGUCCGAGAUGAUUUCUUUGGUAUGGGCAAGGAGGUGGAGAACCUGCUGACGGAGAACAAACAGCUGCUAGAGACCAAAAAUGCUCUCAACAUCGUGAAGAACGACCUGAUUGCCAAAGUAGACGAGCUGUCCAGCGAGCACGAGGUGCUGCGGGAGGAAGUGGAGGCCGUCAGGCAGUCCAAGAACAAGAUGGACGCCAGAGUCAAGGACCUGGAGGAAGAACUGAGGAGGCUGAGAGCCCAGGCCCUGGGGGCCUCGCGGGACUCCAAGGACGAAGGAAGUGAUGACUUCUCCUCCCCCAUCCAAGAUGGCGACAUGGCGCUAACACAGCGGCGGCGGUUCACGCGGGUGGAGAUGGCGAGGGUGCUGAUGGAGAGGAACCAAUACAAGGAGAGGCUGAUGGAGCUCCAGGAGGCGGUGAGGUGGACCGAGAUGAUCAGGGCGUCCCGGGAGAGUCCUGCCAUCCAAGAGAAGAAGAAGUCCACCAUCUGGCAGUUCUUCGCGCGUCUGUUCAGCUCGUCGGCCAGCCCGCCGCCCGCCAAGCGUCCGUACUGCAGCGUGAACAUCCACUACAAGUCGCCCUCGCCUGCAGGCUUCUCGCAGCGACGCAGCCACACCAUGUGUCAGAUCUCCACCUCCAACCGCACACUGGAGUUCUUCCCAGAAGAACUGGCCAGUAACGCUGCGGCCUCUCUCCUCAGCGACUCCGCCCUCUUGGCGCGCCGAGAGCAGCGGCGGGAGCAGUACCGGCAGGUGCGCGAACACAUGCGCCGCGACGACAACAUCAUGCAGGCCUGUGGCUGGAGUGUGCCCUCCCGCCUCAAGCAGACUGGCGGUCAGACGGACAGCGCUCAGGACAGCCCGCUGAAGAGACAACAGACCAGCAGUGACAAAGACAUGAAGAACGUUCCGGUCCCGGUCUACUGUCGGCCCCUGGUGGAGAAGGACCCCAACAGGAAGUUGUGGUGUGCAGCCGGGGUGGACCUCACAGGGUGGAGUGCCGACCCCCAGGAGGCGGGGCCAAUCACAGCGGGCCCUGAAGGCAGCGACCCCCUGCGUGGGGAGGAGAAGGAGGGAGGCAAGAAGAGCAGCAACAACUCCCCAGAGAAGAGGAAGUCCAAGGAGGUCCAGGAGACGGACGCCAUGAGCAGCCGCGUGUGGAUCCUGACCAGCACGCACUCCGCCAGCAAGGUGGUGAUCAUCGACGCCAACCAGCCGGGCUCGCUGGUGGACCAGUUCAACGUCUGCAACGCACACGUGCUCUGCAUCUCCAGUGUGCCAGCUGCCAGCGAGAGCGACUACGCGGCGGGUGAGAUCGUGCUGGACCCGGGUGACGGCGGACCUGGCCAGGACGGCGGAGGCGUGGAGGGUAUGUUGGCCGGUAUCACGCUAGUGGGGUGCGCCACUAACUGCAGUGUUGCCCGUAGCAACUGCUCCUCCCGCACUGACACUCCCAUCACGGACAAAGGCCAAGGCCCCGCCCACGCCAAGAUUCAUCCGGCCCAGUCGGCCGAGGAAGCCACCGAGGCCACCGAGUCCGCAGCCAGCCACGCCGGACCCCCGGGACCGUUUAUGGAGCACGUCUUUACCGAUCCGCCGGCUCGCGUAGCGGACGUCUCUGACAGGAGCGCUGCUCAGUCCAAGGAGGAGACGUCGGUUGCCGCGGAGACGGAGGACGGCGGCCAAGAGGCCAAGACUUACACCAGCAUGGCCCCCACCAUGUGGCUUGGGGCCCAGAAUGGCUGGCUUUAUGUCCACUCAGCUGUGGGCAACUGGAAGACGUGUCUGCACUCCAUCAAACUCAAAGACUCGGUGCUCAGUCUGGUGCACGUGAAGGGCCGCGUGCUGGUGGCUCUCGCUGACGGGACCUUGGCCAUAUUCCACAGAUCAGAAGAGGGCCAGUGGGACUUGUCCAACUACCACCUGAUGGACCUGGGGCGUCCUCACCACUCCAUCCGCUGCAUGGCGGUGGUGCACGACAAGGUGUGGUGCGGCUACAAGAACAAGAUCCACGUCAUCCAGCCCAGGAGCAUGCAGAUCGAGAAGUCCUUCGACGCCCACCCACGCCGUGAGAGUCAGGUGCGGCAGCUGGCCUGGAUCGGUGACGGCGUGUGGGUGUCCAUCCGCCUGGACUCCACCCUGCGCCUCUACCACGCCCACACCCACCAGCACCUGCAGGACGUGGACAUCGAGCCCUACGUCAGCAAGAUGCUGGGUACUGGCAAGCUGGGCUUCUCCUUCGUGCGGAUCACGGCUCUUCUCAUUGGAGGAAACCGCCUGUGGGUGGGGACUGGCAAUGGUGUCAUCAUCUCCAUCCCUCUGACUGAGACGGUGGUCUUACACCGAGGACAACUCCUGGGUCUGAGGGCCAAUAAGGUGUCGCCGACCUCGAGCGGGGGCGUGAUCCACGUCUACGGCGACGACGGCUCGGAGAAGAGCGGCGGCAGCUUCAUCCCGUACUGCUCCAUGGCGCAGGCCCAGCUCUGUUUCCACGGACACCGCGACGCCGUCAAGUUCUUUGUCUCCGUCCCAGGCAACGUCUUGGCCACCCUGAACGGCAGCGUGUUGGACAGUCCCUCUGAGGGUCAGACCUGCACCCAGGAGACCGAGGCACAGAGUCUGCACAACGUCCUGGUGCUGAGUGGCGGGGAAGGUUACAUCGACUUCCGCAUAGGGGACGGCGAGGACGAGGAGACGGAGGAAGGCGAGAAUAACGAAGCCUCGCAGGUCAAACCUACUUUGUGCAAAGCAGAGCGGAGUCACAUCAUCGUCUGGCAGGUGACCUACGUACCUGAGUGACAUCAUCUUACGUACCUGAGUGACAUCAUCUUACGUACCUGAGUGACAUCGUCUUACGUACCUGAGUGACAUCAUCUUACGUACCUGAGCGACAUCGUCUUACUUACCUGAGUGACAUCGUCUUACGUACCUGAGUGACAUCAUCUUACGUACCUGAGUGACAUCAUCUUACGUACCUGAGUGACAUCAUCUUACAUACCUGAGUGAAAGUCCUUGCAAGCAACCUCCUCCUGUCAACUUCUGUCUCGCCUGUAAAAAAAACUGACAUCUAUUAAUGAUGAUGUAAUCACCUCUCCCCCCUUCACUAACUGUCCUGCAUCCAAACACCUGGACUUUUUCUCCCAGACGUGUUGUGUGUAGCACCAAGUUGUCUGAGGUAUAUUCUAAUCUUGUCAUGUGGAUCCUUCAUCUCCAACUGGACUGACUAUUAAACAUGUGCUGACAAAA